ACGUUAAGUUUCGCUUAAAAGUCAACACAAAUUUCAUGUGGAAUAAUUUUGAAAAAUGCUUGAACUAAAUUUUAUAUGUAUUUUAGCCGUCGCUAGUCUAAUAAGCCUGAUACACUUGGACGCCACUGAUGCCUUACCGCUGCAGGAAAAUCCAACAGCACUGCAUAUUCAAGAUGUGCGCAGGAGAAGCGAUGAUAUACAAGCUCUACCCAGCGAUCACAAUUUAAGUUUAUUCCAAAAGAAAUCUGCUCUUGAUAAUACACAGAAAAAGGUCAACGUGCCCCAGGUACAUCCAGGAUUAAGAACUAAAUCACUACAAAUGGUAGCUCAAGAUAUUGAAGAGGGCGGCGGUGAGAUGCCCAAGCCUGAAAGGAGGGAAGACGGCGAUGCUGAAGCUGAGGCUGAGGCUGAUCCUGAUACUGAUUCUGGCACUGGUUCUGACACUGAUUCUGACACUGGUGCUGACACUGGCUCUGAAACUGGCUCUAAUGGAAAAGCCCCUGGAAAUGGUACAGAUAGUGGUGGUCCUAAAGAGAUUACCAUCUCCGUGCCGAAAUUCCAAAAGGAUCACAUGGGCAACUGGAUAUACCAUCAGUGGGGAGCUACCUUUGGAAAUGUGUGGGGCGAUACUCGCUUCAAUAACGGACGCUUUACCAUUCCUCGCAUCACGGUUGAUCCGAGUGCCCCAAAUAAUUAUUAUCCAGAUGGCCCCCGAUCUACCGUUUGUUUAGGAUCGACAAUCUAUAAUGUGCCCAGAGUUAAGAAUUGGUUGAAGCGCAAUGUAUAUAGGGAGGAGCAUAAGCAUAGACCAUUCUGGGAUGAUCUUAGACAGAAAAUAUUCACUCAGGGCAAUUCCGAGGAAUGUCAUGACGCGGUAAAGUAUGCAAAUUGGAAAGAAUAUCAGAAAUGUGCAUUGAGACGCAAUCAACGAUUGGAGUAUAUGGUUCCAAAAUAUCCAUCCCAUCAAAUUGGCUAUAGAGGAACGCACACAAUGUCCUCUCCCCAUCAUUAAGUAAUAUUGUUUAUGAUACAAAAUUGCUAGGAAUUUUUUGAAUCUUAAAAUGGAGCUUAAUUUGAUACACAAAAUAAAAUUAUUUUAUAAAAUCAAAAGUA